UAAAUCUUUUUAUUUUAUUUUCCUGGAUGAAGAUUAAUCUCGUUCGAAGAAAAUGUAUUUUGUUGUUAAUCUGUGAUUAAGGGGUAGGAUCCACCGUGAUUAAAACGACUGGUAUGACGUGACGGCCAGCGUUAAUUUGUAUCAAAAUCACCAGGGGAAAGCAACACCUGGGUCCACGUAGUACGUUCCCAACCAUGAGGUGACAGCCAGCUAACUCUGCUGCUAGGUCUUGCUGCUUGGACAUAUGGCAAGGAUCACUUUCUCAUGCCUGCCAGCCUCCUGGUACUGCAGUGUGUCCUUGCUGUCUCUGGGCUGUGUGCCCAGGCAAAGGGCCUUCUUCCUGGUGUUCCUCACCUGCUCUGCCCUGGUUUUCCUGGGGGUCUACCAGACUGAGCUCUGGGGGCCCCAGCGCCACAGGGGACACGUCAACAAAUACCUCUCAUCUGUGGAGACCAUGGAGGCUACUGAUGUCACCAACGCAGCUCUAAACUACGGGAUCGUGGUGGACUGCGGCAGCAGCGGCUCCAGGGUGUAUGUGUACUACUGGCCCCCCCACCAUGGAAACCUCCACACCCUGCUGGACAUCAGGCAGAUGAGGGACCACGACCGCCACCCUGUGGUCAAGAAGAUCAAACCUGGUGAGGAAAGAGUGUGGGUGGUAUUUACCAUGGCGCUGAGCCCAGCCAAGGCAGUGACUACCUCCACCCCUCUUUCCUUCGCUGCCACCCAUGUCCCAGGAAGAACACAAGGAGACUCCUCUCUAUAUCCUCUGUACGCUGGCAUGAGACUGCUGCCUGAAGCUCCCAUGCAGAGGUGA